CGAUGAGUUGAGCAGGACGCGCUCCAGUGCUGCACUACAAACUUCACUUUCAAUGGCUGAGUAACACUAAUGUUCGUUCAAAUUACAGCAGCACAGUGAGGGAAGUUCUCUCGGGCGCUUAGCUGGAGCUCAGAUGAGUUGUCCUUCAGCAUGUCAUUAGUUUAAGACAAUUACCGAGAUGUUUUAGGGAAAUGGAGAGUGAGCAGUCAGAAACAUUUGGAGACGGUGGUGGAGACGAUUCAUCAGGGUCCGACACGCUGUCAGAAGGCGAGGCGCGAGCCGAGACGUAUGAGCCCGAAUUACAAUUUGAGGAAUUUCAAUGUCACUCCUCAGAUUUUGUAGGUCUUGACGAAAAAGUGAAGGGAAAUGAUUUCGCUGAAUGCUGCGACGAGAUAAAAGCAAGAAAUGGGGAUGACCAAGAUGAAGGAGAAAAUGAACGGGACAGUGACGAGGACGAAAUGCCGGAUAACAUUCUCUACCCCCCCUCCAUGCCAUUCCGCAAGUCCAGCAACCCAGACAUAUCUCACGGCUCCAGUUUAGCGCUGAAAUUUAAACGACAACUCAGCGAAGAUGGCAAGCAGCUCCGGAGAGGAAGCCUAGGGGGCGCUCUUACAGGGAAGUACCUGCUGCCUUAUGCUUCAACCCAGCAGGCAUGGUCAGCCACAGGCUCAGAGACCACCAACUUGGUGCGCAUGCGCUCCCAGACCCUAGGCAAAUCUGCGCCCUCUCUCACUGCAAGCCUGAAAGAGCUCAGCCUUCCCAGACGAGGAAGUGUCUGCAGAACAAGCAACAGAAAAAGUCUAAUAGGGAGUGGACAGUCAUCAGCCCUUCCUCGACCUCACUCACCUCUGUCAUCACACACAGGCACCAGUCCACAAGACAGCCCUAGAAACUUCUCCCCUAGUGCUUCAGCUCAUUUUUCCUUCACACGCAGAACUGACGGGCGACGCUGGUCCUUGGCAUCGCUUCCCUCCUCUGGCUAUGGAACAAACACACCCAGCUCCACCGUCUCUUCGUCCUGUUCAUCACAGGAGAAGCUCCAUCAGCUGCCUUUCCAGCCCACACCAGAUGAGCUCCACUUCCUGUCCAAGCAUUUCUACACAGAGAGCAUUGUUGGAGACGACCACCGAAGAGUCACACCUAUGCGGCCACGCUCCCGCAGUCUCAGUCCUGGAAGAUCCCCAUCAUGCUGUGACCAUGAGAUUAUAAUGAUGAAUCAUGUGUACAAAGAAAGAUUUCCCAAGGCCACAGCUCAGAUGGAAGAGCGCAUCAAGGAGAUCAUCCAAAGCAACUCCCCUGAAAACGUCUUGCCUCUGGCUGAUGGCGUCCUCAGCUUCGCACACCACCAGAUCAUUGAGCUGGCCAGAGACUGCCUGGAAAAGUCCCGUCUUGGUCUCAUUACCUCACGAUACUUCUGUGAGCUCACAGAUAAACUGGAAAGGCUCUUUCAGGAGUCGACUGAGCGAUCAGAGAGUGCAGAGGUGACCUUCAUCAAGGAGCUGGUAAAGAAGAUUCUCAUCGUCAUUGCCAGGCCUGCGCGACUCCUUGAAUGUCUGGAGUUUGACCCUGAAGAGUUCUAUCAUCUCCUGGAGGCUGCAGAGGGUCAUGCUAAAGAGGGCCAAGGCAUCAAGACCGAUAUCCCACGAUACAUUAUCAGCCAACUUGGCCUGACAAGGGACCCACUUGAGGAAAUUGCCCAGUUAACUAGCUACGACAGUGGGAUUGCAGAAACCCCUGAGACGGACGAGUCUGUCAGUUCCCACAGUUUGAGCGCAGCACUACGGUCCCGGCGCAAACCCUGUGAGCUCGACUUUGAGAUGAUCAAACUGAUCAGUAAUGGGGCUUAUGGUGCGGUGUAUUUAGUGAGACACAAAGAGACAAAACAACGCUUUGCCAUGAAGAAGAUCAACAAGCAGAACCUGAUGCUCAGGAACCAGAUCCAGCAGGCCUUUGUGGAGAGAGACAUCCUGACUUUUGCUGAAAACCCUUUUGUGGUCAGCAUGUACUGCUCCUUUGAGACACGCAGACAUCUAUGCAUGGUUAUGGAGUAUGUUGAAGGAGGGGAUUGUGCUACAUUGCUUAAGAAUAUGGGUCCUCUCCCUGUGGACAUGGCCAGAAUGUACUUUGCUGAGACUGUGUUAGCCCUGGAAUAUCUUCACAACUAUGGAAUCGUCCAUCGAGAUCUCAAACCAGACAAUUUGUUGGUCACUUCAAUGGGACACAUCAAGCUGACAGACUUUGGCCUAUCGAAAGUUGGUCUGAUGAACAUGACCACUAACCUCUAUGAGGGUCACAUCGAGAAGGAUGCUAGAGAGUUCUCUGAUAAACAGGUGUGUGGGACUCCUGAAUACAUUGCUCCAGAAGUGAUCCUGAGGCAAGGCUAUGGGAAGCCUGUGGAUUGGUGGGCAAUGGGCAUCAUCCUUUAUGAGUUUCUGGUGGGCUGUGUACCAUUCUUUGGAGACACUCCAGAAGAGCUGUUCGGCCAGGUCAUCAGCGAUGAAAUAAACUGGCCGGAGGGAGAGGAAGCUCCACCAGCUGAUUCUCAGGAGCUGAUCACCCUACUGCUCAGACAGAACCCUCUGGAGCGCCUCGGCACUGCAGGUGGGGCGUAUGAGGUCAAGCACCACCAGUUCUUUCACAGUCUGGACUGGAACAGCCUGCUGAGGCAGAAGGCAGAGUUCAUCCCCCAGCUGGAGUCUGAGGAUGACACUAGCUACUUUGACACACGAUCUGAUAGGUACCAUCACUUAGAAACUGAGGAGGAGGACGAUACCAAUGACGAAGAUUUCAAUGUGGAACUGCGGCAGUUUUCCUCAUCUUCGCACCGAUUCUCCAAAGUGUAUAGUAGUCUGGAUCUGUCUCGAGGACAGCUGGAGGAGAAAGGAGAACAGACAGAGAAGACAACAGACAGUCCUCUCACUGUUGACUCACUGAGCUGGACUCCAGACUUCACUGAGAUCCCCUCUCUCUCUCAUUCUUCUGACACUGAGAGCACCAGCUUGAGCAGAUGCUCUGGUCUUCUCCCUAAGUUUGCCAUCUCAGCAGAAGUGGAGGAUGGUGAGGGCUCCCUGUCUCUGGAAGACCCCAGUAAAGUGACCUUCAGUAUUGGGGAGUUGCCUCAGGAUGAGCCUGAUCCCACCACACCCUGUAGCACCAUCAGUAACUCCACCCUCUCAGGCAGUUUCUCCGAGCACCUGGAUCAGAUGCCGUCACAGGGAGGUGGAGGGGAGAGUCUGGACAGCUCCUGUAAGCCCUCCUCAGACACAGGCUCCUUCCUGACUGCUUCCAAACCUGAGACAGCGGACAAACCGUUUGCAGUCAGCAAAGUGCCAAAAUCAGUAUCUACCAGUGCCCUGUCACUCAUGAUCCCUGGAGAUGUUUUUGGUGUGUCACCAUUAGCAAGCCCCAUUUCUCCAUACUCACUGUCAUCAGACCCAUCCUCUAGAGACUCCUCCCCCAGCCGAGAUUCUCCACUUAGCAGUGUCAGCAGUCGUCAGCCAAUCAUCAUCCACAGCUCAGGGAAGAAGUUUGGCUUCACUCUGCGAGCGAUUCGGGUCUACGCCUGUGACAGUGAUGUUUAUACGGUUUAUCACAUGGUCUGGAAUUUAGAGGAUGGUGGUCCUGCUCACAUGGCUGGUCUUAAGGCUGGAGACCUGAUCACUCAUGUGAAUGGAGAAACAGUUCACGGGCUGCUUCACACUGAGGUGGUGGAACUACUGCUGAAGAGUGGAAGUAAAGUAGCUAUAUCCACGACCCCUUUUGAAAACACUUCUAUCAAAACUGGUCCAGCUCGAAGAAAUAGUUACAGAAGCAAAAUGGUGAGAAGAACCAAGAAACCCAAGAAAGAGAAAACCCAAGAAAGGCGGCGUUCUGUAUUCAAACGCUUUGCCAUGCAGCCCUCUCCACUUUUACACACCAGUCGCAGUUUCUCCUCGCUGAACCGCUCUCUGUCUUCAGGAGAGAGUCUGCCUGGAUCUCCCACACACAGCCUCUCACCACGCUCCCCAACAGCUGCCUUUCGUGCAACACCUGACUUCAGCCAGUCAGGUGGAACUUCAUCACAGAGUAGCUCCCCCAGUUCCAGUGCACCUAACUCACCUGCAGGCUCUGGCCACAUCCGACCCAGCACUCUGCAUGGCCUGGGUCCCAAACUACCUGGACGGCUCCGUCAGGGCCGACGUAAAUCAGCAGGGAGCAUUCCCCUCUCACCAUUAGCUCGCACACCCUCCCCUACCCCUCAGCCUCAGCCAACCUCUCCUCAGCGGUCCCCAUCUCCCUUGCUGACUCACACUGUGGGAAGCUCCAAAUCUUCUCAGGCCUUCCCUACCAAAAUGCACUCACCCCCCACUAUUGUACGCCAUAUGGUACGACCGAAAAGCGCAGAGCCUCCUCGGUCUCCACUCCUGAAGCGAGUCCAAUCCGAGGAGAAGCUCUCCCCUUCUUAUGCUGGUGACAAAAAACAUUUAUGCACCCGAAAGCACAGUUUGGAGGUCACCCAAGAGGAGUCUCAAGGGGAGGCCUCCUCUAGAGGGGAGUAUACCCCACCAUGCAUAGAGGACAGUACUUCUUGUGAGCCACCCACCAUUACUCGGGUGAGACCUGCUGAGCAGGGUUGCCUAAAGCGGGCUGUCACUCGUAAAGUUGGCCGACAGGAGUCAGUAGAGGAGCUAGAUAGGGAGAAGCUGAAGGCCAAAGUGGUGGUAAAGAGGCAGGACUGGGCUGAGAGACGGGAGUCUACUCAAAAACAAGACAUCAUACAAGAUGUGGAAGGUGCUGCUGCUGAAGAAAAGGACUGGGGUGUCCUAACACGUCCCAGUGCGAGAACCCAGGUUUCCGAAUCUGGAUGCUUGGACAAGUCUACAAAUGCUACUUUAAAGGAUGUUCUCUACAAAAAACUAAACCCAAGAGUCUGUGAGAGCAUAGCAGAGUCUGUCACCAGUGGGGACUGUGUAUCACUUUUAAGUGAGAAUAUGAGGUCACCAUGUCAGUCAGAGCGACAAAUGUCUUGGUCAAUGAAGGAAGGUAAUAAACCAGAGAGGUUAGAUUUCAAAGCCUCUAACAUGGAGUUUGCCAGGAAGAGGCAGUCCUUUGAGGAGAGGGAGGACUCCUUGUGUCGAAUAUCUUCUGGUGUUCAUGAAAGCAUUCAUUUCAGCACCACUCGGUCCAAAAGUCUUCAGCUGGAUUCUGCGUUGGCUUUAGAACAUGUUAAAGGGGGCAUGUGUAACAUCCAUGGCACUUCUGAAACUUUGACCCCUAAGCAUUUUAGUGGGAGAGGGGAGAGUGCGGUAGAAAAACUUCAGAUGAUCGCUUCUGAUGGCCCUAUCAGGAAGACCUCCUCGGAGUACAAAUUGGAGGGACGGCUUGUUUCCUCUUUAAAGCCACUAGAGGGCACCUUGGACAUUGGUCUGCUAUCUGGACCUCGUGUAUCCAAGACUGACACAUGUCUUUCCAAAAUGGCAGAAAGUCAUGGUGAAAGUGCUUUAUUAGCAGAGGAUCUAUGUGUAAAACAGCCAAUUCAACAGAAAACCGCAGAAAAACAGAAAGGUCCACAGGCAGGGAUGCCCGGGACACUUAACCAUAAAGACAAUGUGUAUUUGAGCAGUAAAACCAUUGCAAAAGAAGAGUCCUUUGCCAAUAAGGACUGUAGAAUAAAUCCAUCUUGUAAUGAGGCCCUGCACGAUAGAAAUAAAGUUGAUGGAGUGAAGUUGCAGAUUACAAACAGUAAACUAGAGUCCAUAGACACAAGUGUAAGAUCUGAGAGUAGGCUAAAGACAGCUCAGGAGAUGAGGGCUGCACGACACAGCGCUCACUUUGCAUGUGGGAAAACGCCCUCCAUCAGGGAAGUCAGCAAUGAAGACCAGGAAGAUGACAUAGAAAAUAUAGAGGAGACCUCUCCAAAGCAAAAUGAAACUCAACAGAUGCAACCAGUCCUUACUAAAGCCAAUGAACCUGACAAGUCCCUAGCGUCUUCUGCUGUUAUUGCCCAACUCAACCCUGUCCAGCAAACCCAAGAAGCACAUUCUGGCAAAAAUAAUAGUAGGUUGAGUGAGACACCAACCAGUUUUCCAAGUUCAGCAUUGUCUACUGAGAAGAAUAUCAUAAAUAAUGACAAACCAGCCAAUAUAACAUACACCUCAGUGAUAAAACAGAUCCAUCCAUCGAAAGAUGUUACAGACAACACAGUUGCGAUAUCAAGCUCAAUCUUGGCUGCAACCAAGACUCUAAUAGAUAGAAAGAAUAAGGCUGGUAGCACCAAAGACUUUGCUGACCUCAAUCCAGAGUGUCUUCAAGAUUUGAAGGAAAGCAAAUUAUCUACCAGAGUAAAAAGUUUAGACAAAAGCGUAGAGUCUGCAAUCAGAGACCGAACUGGUUGUACGCCAACCUCAGCCGCUGACUCAAGGCAGGCUAAAUCCGAGAUAUGUGUGAAAGAAACAGUAUCUACCCCUCAGAGUCUAUCUUUAGCUUCUUCAGUCACAAUAUCCAAUGUGUCUUCUGUCUCACCACUAGCAGAUACACCUGAGGCCCCUAUUAUUAAAAGUUCAUUGUCUCCCAAGCCUACCUUUCAAAGAAAAGCCACUCCGUCCACAAUUGCCACCCCACUGAAGACCAUGCAUGCAACUGAUUCAAAAUCCCAGGCCUGUGCAAUCACCACCCCGCAAUUUUCUGGGUUGGCUGAAGUAAAAACUACCACCAUCCAACCUCCACAGUCUGAUCAGACGUGUGCCAAAAAUGGACAAACAGCAAGUAAUUCUGAUCAACUCUCCAAACAAAUCUCAGACACAGCACAAAAUUCCGAUGUGUCAAGUGGUAGCAGAGAAUUUAAUGUGCAAACCCAUCAGUCUCAACUGGCCUUAAACAAAAAUCAACAUGCAGACAAGGUAAAUACGAAGGAGGCAAGUAGCCAAUUAAAUUUUACGGUAAAGGAUCGUAAAACCCUGCCAGCAUGUGGAGACAAAAUGGACUUGAGUGAUAAAAUAGCCCUUAAAAAGGACAUCAAAUGCAGUGUGACUGAAAAGAUUACCUGUGUCCCUAACCCUAACUCUUCAGGCGGAGCUGAAGUUUCAAAAAACUGUGAAAAGCAAGAAGCCAUCUUCAGAAGCCAAGUAAACAUGAAUAUUACAUCAAAGGACAGAGGUGCAAGCCCACCAAAGACUAGAAGUUCUGACACUUCAAAAAAAGACACUGUGCAUGUGCAAUCCACAAUGAAAACGGAAGAAAAGCAGAAAUUCAAGAGUGUUCUUGGCAUAGACACCCAGAAGGUUGAUAAGCAAGUUAUGGACAUGUCCACGACAGAGACAAGUCCAGCACUGACUGCAAUAAAACAGACGCAACCGUCUGGCAGUGCUAUAUUAAAACAGACACCUUUGAGUUCCAAAAACAAGCCCAGAGUAGACUCUCCACUUGUUACACAAUCUAUUGGGAAGGCUGUUGAAGAUAAGGGAAAGCAGGAAAACAGAGCACAGCUACAGCCCAUUGUCAAGGACAACAUAGUAAAUCCAAAGGAUCUAAGAGUGUCAGUCUUGUCUACGCCUAAAUCCCAGCCUCAGAAAGAGACCCGCACUGGUUCUCAAGGUGGAUCCGUGCCAGUGUUGCCAGUACCCGCUGUUAAAAUACAUGUGUCUAGUGGCCUUCCUUCUGGUAAGGGCAGCACUGCUGCAGUUGAAACAUUUGGACCUUCCUCAAAGGAACAAGUAAAGUCCAGAAUUGAUGUUCCAAGAUCAGAGUCUCUCAAGGGUUCCAGCACAAGUGAUCCCAUAGGGAAGACUAUAACUGCUAUAUCCAGUCCUGACCCUAAACAUGGCACUAGUGAGUCAAAGGUGUCUGACAAACAGAUUUCAUCCAACCGAAAAGAGCAAGUAGAAAAGAAGAGAAAGGAACCCACUCAAGAUGUAUUGUCCGCACCCAAAAAUAAUCGUAAAGACUCAUCAAGAGGCAUGCCUUUGGCUAAGGAUAGUACUACUCUUGAAAAAGAUUCAGUCCGUUCUAAACAAACAAAGGAUCCGCCACGUGGUUCAACUUGUAAAAAGUGAUGUAUUGUAUUGUAGUUGCCAAGCGUUUUGAAUUUUAAAAGAACCGAGGAUGUAAACUUAAUUCUUGUCUAUAUGUAAUAUCUUUAAGCCUUCCUAUCUGAGGACCGGUAAAGCUGUUACUUUAGGUUUUCAUGAGAAACCAGAGAAAUUAAUUUGUUUGUUUGUUUUGUGAUCUAUAAUGCUUUGUUAAUAUUAUGUCUAAAAAAAAGUGUAGUCUGAAUGUUGACAUGUUUUGCUGCUGAUUUGUGGUCACGUUUUAGAUCUUGCAAAAGCGCCAAAAGUAGACAUUGUGUUGUGUUGCAGUGUGAUGUAACAAGUGGCGUGUGCAAUAACUGUGGAGGCGGAGUAUGGAUGCCUUUUUUAAGGCUUAAAUUAACUGUGCCAAUCAUGGAGUAUAAUUAUACCAAACAAAAAGCACCUUGAAUUUAGAGCUGAAGGUGCAUGUUAACUGACUGUGUAAAAAGAAAAA